GGCGGGGUCACUUUCACCCCCCCACCACUACAACACGCGCACGGCCUGCACGGCACUCGAGCGCGUUUUUCUGCGCGCUGACUCGUGUGUGUUCCAUGUGUAUAUAUGUGUGAGUGUGUGAAACAUUAGGAGCGAAGGCUUCUUCGUUUAUUUUUCUCUUGGGUCGAGGACACGUGCGUGAUGCGCGUUUCGCCUCUUCUUUCUCGUGUGAGUGCCAGCUAAUCAAGACGAAUUAGGAGAGGAAAGGCGCGUCGCGUUUUUACAGCUUUCGAGCAGACGAAAAGAAAACUCGCGCACGCGCUGUUCCGCCGCUACUGGCGCUCGGGUGGAAAAAUAUCGUCUGCAUCAAUCACAGAUGCCGCUCUUUAAAAAAAUGUCGCCCCUUCGGCUCGUUGCGACUAAAGGUGGCGGGUUUUGUCUCGUCCAUACUAAGGACGGACCAAAAUUCUAACAUGCAGGCAUAUGGGAACGGAGCGCAGAAAACAACUGACUACGUUGCGGAACACGCAGCGCUGAUCAGAGAGCGUUAUGCCGUCUGCUUGCCUCGCUGUGCCACCUGCCCUGCGACCAAGGGAUCCAUAAGAGGGCAACAAAAAAGACGCUAGUGGCCAACAACGACAAAAUAAUGCGCACACAAUAAAGAGAUCGUCGUGCUUGAAUGUAUGGCGUUCGAGAAGCGAACCGCGGAAUAUACGAGGCGUGGUAUGUGCCAACACGGGAGCGAUAAAUUCCCCCGGAGCUCUGACGAGCCCCGCGCGGUUCCCUCUCAUCUCGCGAGCGAGCCAAAAAAGAUAGGCCAGCAGGAUCAAUGUCCAACGACGGAAUAACGAUUCGAAGCAGCGGCGGGCAAGCAGCGCCGGAUCGAAACCCCGAGCCGGUCCGAGAACAAAAAUGCACGCCGCCAAAUCAGCAGCGGGGAAAGGGGAGCUUGCGAGCAGCGGGGCGAUUAUCCGAAUUAGGCUUCGCCUCGACUUCGUGCACGGGGCCGGCCUUAGCAUGCCCAGCAUCGUUAGGCCUCGACUCGACUCUCUCCGGCGAGUUGCUCACGGCGCGGGGCGGAGCUGAAGCCCGCCGUGCUCCCGGAAGGGACAUUUCGCUCGGAGCGGCGCGGCCGAGCUGGCAAAAUGACAGCCAAAACUUCACACGCCGCGCCUCACAUUUGAAUGAAAAACAUGUGAAUUGCUCCGAUGAUUCAUCCCUUUUCCUCGAGGGGCCCGACGCCGCAGCCGAUGCCAAUGACGGGGAGCCCCCGGCCCCACGAGCAGAAUAGCGAGUCCCGCGUAAAUACCACGCAGGUGCUGUAUUGUUAUUAAACCCCUCGCGCAUGCGCAGUGUGUCCCCGGCUUAUAUCAGAUGUUUCAAACAUGGCGACGGCGCUCAGGCCGUCGUGUUCUUUUGUGGGUGGAAAUUGCCUCGCCAAGGGCGACAGAUUGUCCAAUUUCGAGCCGAAACUGUUCGGACAUCGCCAGCCGGAGAGCCUCUUGGACGUGUGUGCAAAAGUGGUGGCGCAGCACAUCCCAUUCCAGCGCAUCGAAGAACGCUACAACAGGAUACCUGAGCCCGUGCAACGCAGGAUCAUCUUCUGGUCGUUUCCCCGCAACGAACGGGAUAUUUGCAUGUACUCGUCUUUAUCAAGUGACUCCAAUAGUUGUGGUGACUACCAGAAGCUUCCCUUUUACCGUGGCCUCAAGCUGUACGAGGCUGGGUGUGUCGAUAACGUGUUGCAAGUAGGUUUUCACUUGAGCGGCAGUGUGACGCCCAGCGCCCCUGGAACGGGAUACCCUGCCGAGCCGGAAAAGAAGUUCCGCAUCUCCAUCAGUUUCGACAGGUGUAAGAUCACCUCGGUAACAUGCACGUGCGAAACACACGACAUCUUCUGGUGCCAGCAUGUGGUGGCCCUGGCCAUCUACCGAAUCCGGAAUGCCGACAGCGUCCGGCUUCGAGUUCCCAUCUCAGAGACCCUGCUGCAGCUGGACCGGGAGCAGCUGCAGAAGCUGCUGCAGUACCUGAUAGCCGAGCACCACACCGAGGUGCUGCCGACAGCUCAGCGCCUGGCUGAUGAGAUCCUCCAGUCUCGGUCGCUCAUCAACCGCAUUGCCGGGGCCCCCGACCCUACGGCGGGUGCCUCGGCCGAGGAGGACCACAGCUGGCACCUGGACGAAGAGCAGGUCAGCGAGCAGGUGCGCGCCUUCCUCUCCCAGGGCGGGUACUUCAUGGUCUCCCGGCAGCUCAACGCGCUCUUCUCCAAGGUGAAGGAGAUGCUUCGAGCGGGCGAUUCCAAUGGGGCACGCAUGCUGCGACUCAUCACCGAGCAGUUUCUGGCUGACCCGCGACUCGUCAUCUGGCGGGCCCAGGGAACGCCCAUGUCCGACAAAUGCCGCCAGCUUUGGGACCAGCUUGGCACCUUGUGGGUGUGUGUGGUUCUUAACCCACACUGCACGAGUGCCGAGAAGCAGCAGUGGCGUCAGCUGCUGGAGCGGUGGUCCUCGAUGCACAUCUGCCCGCUGGAGGAUGCCGACUUCCGUCCCAGUGCCACAGGACGCCGUCCCCUCGUGGUCGAUGACGAUUCUUCUGACUCGUCCGAGGACGACGGCGGGAGCCACGGCGAUAGCCGCGGGCCUGGCGGUCACCAUGGGGGCAACGCUGGGAGCCACCACCAUCCGCGGGGAGUGCCUCCUGGUCCCCACCACGCUGGCAAUGGUGCACCACCGCACCACCCGCACCGGCGCUCACGGAGGAGUGGCCUCGUGACACCACCGCGUUCCAUCUUCCACCGCGCCCUGGAGGCCUGGAUGCUCUCGUGGGACGACCCACACUUGCGCUUCAUCUUGUCACACGAUGCCUGUGCCGAACCCCAUUCCCACCGCUCGUCCGGAUCGUCAUCGUCGUCUUUCUCGUCGUGUUCGUCCUCGUCGUCUGUGUCGUCGUCGUCGUCGUGUUCCAGUUCCUGUGCCUCAUCGAGCAACCUCUUCAACUCACAGGGUUACCCGUUAUGGCAUGAGCCCAUCCCGGUGGCGUGCUCGCGGGUGGAGGCCCUGCGCUCGCACGGCUACCAGCAGGAGGCCCUGCGGCUGGCGGUGGCCGUGGUGCGCACCAUGAAGCGCCAGCAGCGCGAGUGGCAGUGCCGCUGGCAGGCCGAGCAGGAGCGCUCGGGCAUCCACCACCACCACCACCACCAUCACCACCACCGGGGGGGACGCACUUCCACCUCCUCGUCCUCCAGCUCUUCGUCCUCUUCAUCUGGUUUCUCCAGCCUUACAACGCACAACAACACGGAGGGCUGGGUUGGCCACCCACUCAACCCCAUUGGUUCCCUGUUCGACACACUGGCUGAGGCCUCUCUAGUUCCAGACAGCAAGCACCUAGAGUACUUCUACGAAUCUCUGCCGGGCCCCAGUGCCGAAGAAGCAGCUGCCACCGGCAGUGGUAGCGGCAGUGGUGGUGGAAACGGCGGUGGCGGUGGUGGGAACAAUGGCGGAGGAGGAGGCAACAACAAUGGCGGAGGCGGUGGUGGUGGAGGUGGCAACAACAACAACAACGCAGCUGCAAACUCGUCUCACCACCCUCACCCGUCUCAUGCACCACACGGGAAUGGUGGCGGCGGCGGCGGCGGUGGUGGUGCUGGCGGUUCUUCGUCGUCGUCGCCUCCUUCCUCGCAGUCAUCUUCGGCGCAGCCGCGGGAAAGACCCAGGUAUCGUCACGUUGCGGUGCCAGGGAGUCGCGAUCGCAGCGAGUCGCUCCUUUCGCUGGCUGUGGAGGCGGCCUUGGUGGGACUGGGACAACAGCGGUCCAUGCCCGUGGGCCUCUAUGCACAGGAGAAGGCGUGCCGGCAGGAGGAGCGGCUGAUAGCGCGCCUGCGGGACGUGGACGCGGAUGGCCUGCUGGUGGGGGUGCUGCGCAAGCAGGCCAUGCUGCUGCUUGAGGGGGGCCCCUACUCGGGCCUCGGCGUGGGCGCCCACCCCGAGAGCGUGCCCAUGCACACCUUCGCCCGGUACCUCUUCGGGGCCCUGCUGCCAUACGAUGCCGACCUGGCCUACAGCGUUGGGCUGCGUGCCAUGCGGCUUCCCAUCCUGGAGAACCAGGAAGAACCGGAUGACCCGGGCACGGGCGCCCCUGUUGCCCCUGCCGCCAGCCGGUACCCGCGGUGGUUCACUCUGGGCCACGUGGAAGUGCAGCAGUGUACACUGGCCUCCACCAUGCUCUCUGCCGCCAAGGACGAUGUGAUGCGCCUGCGGACGGUGAUGAAGUCGUCGCAGCGCAACAUCCACAGCUCGUCGCAGUUGUUCAAGCUGGCACAGGACGCAUUCCGCAUUGCCGUGCCUCAGGACGGUGGUCCCAGGCACCUGGCCCUGCUCAACGUGGCCUUUGAGCUGGGCUUGCAGGUGAUGCGGGUGACCCUGUCGUCACUGAACUGGCGACGUCGGGAGAUGGUGCGCUGGCUGGUGACUUGCGCCACAGAGAUUGGCCUGGAGGCCCUGGUGUCUAUCAUGCAGAAGUGGUACCAGUUCUUCACACCCACCGAGGCUACCGGUCCAGUGGCCACAACCAUUAUGUCCCAUGCCACCAUUCUUCGGCUUGGUCUGGACUUCAGCCAGCAGGAGGAGCUGUCGUCAUGUGCCCGCACCCUGGCACUACAGUGCGCCUCCAAGGACCCCCCAAACUGUGCCCUCAACGCCCUUACCCUGUGUGAGGGAGACGCAUAUGCCUUUGAGACGGCGCAUCAGAUUGUCGUAGACGCUGCAGGCUCCGGGGUCAUGACUUCCUCGCAGCUGUUCACCGUAGCUCGGUACAUGGAACACCGCGGCUACGCCCAUCGAGCCUACAAGUUAGCUGUGCUGGCAACGCGCGGUGUGCAGCUUGCAUACAACCAGGACGCCCACCCGGCCAUCAACGACAUCCACUGGGCAUGCGCGCUGGCCCACUCGCUCGGCCGCUCCGAGCUCGCGGGGCUCGUACCAUUGCUGGUCAAGCACGUGCAGUGUGCCACAGUGCUGUCGGACAUAUUGCGCCGAUGCUCGAUGGCGGCACCGGGCAGCAUGGGAACGACGCCGCUGGACGCCAAGCGGCGCUGCGUGCGCGCCCUCUCCUUGGACAAGCCCCCGCUGCGCCCCCUGCUGGACGCAGCCAUCGCGGCAUACGUCAACACGACCCACUCGCGUCUGGCCCACAUCUCUCCGCGCCACUACGGCGACUUCAUCGAGUUCCUGGGCAAAGCGCGCGAGACGUUCCUGCUGGCCCAGGACGGGCACGUACAGUUUGCGCAGCUCGUCGACAACAUGAAGGCAGCCUACAAGGGCAAGAAGAAGCUCAUGUAUCUAGUCAAGGAGCGGUUCGGCUGAGAAGGGGCCGGUGGGGCACACCACUUGAGGCGGUGUGGCGCGGGCAGCCAAAUGCCUCCACCGGGCACAUUGGCUGAGGGCUCUGGCAUCACCUCUCAGUCAAGCUCACAGUCCCAGUUUGGUGGCUCUCGGCAUGCCGGCUACAACUGCCGACGCAGGGUUCUUCUUUUUUUUUUCUGGAGCAGUGGCAACGAUAUCAAAAGCACUCCUCGUCCACUAUUUCAAGGAGCCGCUUUUUCCUUCCUGCUUCAUCUCCCCACCCCCUCCUUUGCCUGAAGCAGGUGCAGAUGCCCUCUUGAAGUUGGAGGAAGUAGUGGUCUGUUAUGUGCGCAGACGCCUUUCUUUUUUUCCACUGGGCAUCCUGAAGAAGGUAUCCCUUCUGUGUCAACCUUUUUGUCCAUGACAGAGAAUAUUUUUUACUUUGUCCCAACGCAGACGAGUAUCUGUGGAGUGGUUUUACUACUCGUGAACUUAGUGAAAAAAGUGAUGCCAAACCACCAUUGUUCUCAACGAGAUGCCUCUCUCAGAACCGUUGCUAUCAGGGACUGAAAAGCAAGUGAAAAAAACAAAAAACAAGAAAUGUGGCAGGCCUGGCGAGAGACACUGGUCCUUGUUUUUAGAGUUCUCAUCAUCUUGAUGUUUUAAUUGAUUCACACAGUAGCAGUAUUGCAGAGAGAUGUCCUCUCUUUUUCUUUUAUUCAUUGUUUCAUGCCUGUAGUGCGCGUCCCUUCUAUGCUGAGUUUGUUGUUUGUCGUACUGUAUGUUGUUUGGCAUAGGUUGUACCCCAUGCAAGUUGCAUUUAUGUUGUGUUGUGCUUCAAAUGUGUACAUUCGUUGUGUUUCGCGUACUUUUUGUUUUGCAUACAGGACGACAUGCCACCGAUGUGCUGUAGGCUACUUGCACCACCGCAGAUGUUUUUAACCCACCGCGUUUUGUUGCUAGCCAAACCAAUUACUCUAUGUGUUAGCCGCAAUGUGGCUGAUUGCCAGUGCGGCCAUCUUGCUUGUUUGUGGAUGCGAAACUGCGGCAAGAACUCCUCUGUCUCACGAGUCCGAAUGAAGAAGGUGUUGCCGCAGCGUGCAUGCGUGUUACCCUAAGCCUAGAUCAAACAGUGUAAACAUGACAAUUUUUUUCGCGUGUGUGUGUGCACGCCCACUUAGUAGAACUGUGGGGACUCUUAUCACUCGUUCAUUCCUCUGUUGCUCAUUUUUACAUGUUCCGCGUUGAAUUCACUGUUCCACAGUGGCAUUGUGUAAAGUUUGUGGCCAACACAACGCGGAGGCAAUGUCAAAGCCACAGUAGGUGUUUUUCUUUUUUUUUUUCUUUUAAAAGUUUGUGAUGUUGCUCGUAUUCAGUCUUCAUGAUCGUUCGUUCUACCGGAGCAAAGUCCUUGCAAGAUUUAAGGUGGAAGUGGCACAAUUUUACUAGCGCACAAUGCGCCACAAAACUUCGAGAGCAAAAGGUAUCCUUUGUAGGCUUCUCGUAGCCAUUUGCCAUGGUCUCACCUAUGACUGGCUAAGACGUCUGCCAGACUAGGUUGCCCACUCUCUACUCUACUAUGCAUCACUGGAGAUUGCACCUAGUAGCGGCCCGGCCAAAAGACACCGCAAAUGGCACAAGGCCAUUUUGCCUUGUAUCAAUGUAUGGCAGUAAGAGGACUGAAGUUGGCAACCCCAAUCAUCCCUCACCAUUUUUCGUUGUUUAAGUUUUAAAGAGCUCAAGCAUUUGCCAACAGCUAUGGAAUGUGGUUUCUUUUCUUUUUAUUCCCAACCUUGUCUCUCGCCAGAAACUGCCGGUGACGGGUGCAUGUCGAGGGACAACGAAUACGCGUCGUCUGCAAUCGCGUGUAAUGAUAAGUCCCUCUUUUUUUUUUCCGUGGCUGUUUUGUGGUUUGAUGAUGCCUUUCUGUCCGCACGACCAGUCACUUCUGUUCCAUGUUGUCGAAAUCGAAGGAGAGUUUGCGGCCGCUUGUAUAUAGUCUCAUGUCCAUCUCCGCAAUAUUUCAGAUGCGGCCAUGCACCUCCCCCUUCUCUUCUUUCUUUUUUUUUGACCUAUAGCUGUGUUUCAUAAUUGCAGAGGCCUCUUUUAUCUCCAAAAGUAUUUGGUGACGUCCCUUUUUCAACUCGCUAUACAUGCUGGAGGAGCGGAAGCAUGCAGUUCAGUCACUGCAUCUCGUCCUAGUUUUGACAUUCUUGUUCUUGGCCCUAGACAACAACUCUUUGUGCCUUGUGGUUGUUACAGUUCUGUUUAUUGUUCAUACAUUUGCUUUUAUUUGCACCGUGUCUUUUCCACUUAUCUCUUUUUUUUUAUUCAUUGUUUCGCGAUAUCUCUUUUGUUAAUACAGCGCAGGUAGAUUCAGCUGCGUGCAUAUUGCAAAAAAAAAAAAUACUUCUUUAAAUAAUGACAUUGCGGCACGCCAUUCAUCUGAGUAUUGCGUGUCUACUUACUGAUAAAAAGAGAAGCAAAAACGCUGUUACGAAAAACUGGUGUGGGGCUGAUGUAGAAAUUGAACCACUAGUCAGCGCUUUCAUUUGGGCAGGCCAUGCAGUUACGCUCAGAUAAUUUGCACUAUCCUUUCCCCGGUGUUUUGUUGUCUGGCAUUACGAAUUUUUCACAAAAAUGUCCCGUUUUGUUACUCAUCAGCAGUUAAUUUGCACUGUCCUUUCCCCGGUGUUUUUUUGUCUGGCAUUACGAAUCUUUCACAAAAAAUGUCCCGUUUUGUUACUCAUCAGCAGUUAGCCCUUCCUUAUUUUUUUUCGCCCUGAUGGGGAGCAAUAUCAAGCUCGGUGUUCUUUGACGAUUCAGAACGCUGUCACUGGCAAAACAGACUGUCGUUCUGGUUCGGAGAGGACUGAUUCGUUGCUGGAGACAUAAUAUUUUUAUGGACAUUGUGUACAAAAUGUUGUCUUCUAGAAACACUUAGGUGCCCAGUACCGUUCAGGAGCAACCACUACUCACUGCGGCGUCUCAGUGGCUACAGCAUUUUGCGUUGAGUGCAAGGUCAUGGGUUCAAUUCCCGGUGGCGUUUAGAGGAAAACAGAAUGCAAGACCGCUCAUGUACCAAGCUUUGGAUGCAUGUUUAAAAACCCCAGAUGGCUAGAAUUAACCCAAAGUCCUAAAUUAAAUUACCGCUUUGUGUGCCUUUUAUAAAGAGAAAAAAAACAUGAAAAACAAAGUUGGUGGGGUCAUACAAAAAAUUCAGUCUGGUAAAUUCUCUUGCUAAGCCUUUUUCCAACUCCCCUCUGUUUAUUUGUGUCGGAUGAAGAAAAGGCUACACGUUAAAAACAGAAUUCUGUUCUUCAGCUGUCUAACUUAAGUUGCUUUAAACCUCCGAGUCAUCACAGGUGCACACUUGCCAUUCCUGCAGAAAUCAGCCAAUCGGUCCAGGAGAAGAGUUGAGAGAGAAAUGAACGAAAUAAGGUGGGCCCUGGAUGUCCUAAAACACUUGUUUAACGUAACUGUUUGCAAGUUCCACACGCGGGUGACUACAGAGCAACGUUACUGCCACGUCUUUUGUCCUGUGAGAUGUCGUCGGUUUGAGGGCAGAUUGCUCCAUUCUCCAGUGAAGGCCUGCUUUCAAAGUUUCCUUCCCUCUCGUCCCUCCUGCCUGUGCCCAACUGUCAUAGAGGCCUUUGUCUCUCAGAAUCUCGUCGGAUGAUCUCUUUAGCAGCGAAUCAACAUAUCGUACAGCUUGCAGUGUUUCUAGACAUCUUAUUUCGUGAUAGUCUGUAAAGGUCUCCGGUUGCACAUGCAUGCUGCGUGGGCAGUACAUAUUUUUGGCUGAAGGAAUAGCGGUCUAUUGAUGUUUUACAGCAGGGUUGGCAACUUUCUUUCUUUAGCAGUACCGCUAGGUCACGGUACAAGGCACUCCAGCUUUAGCAACAACUCACUAAGUGAUCGCAAUGAAGGCGUGCUUGAAAUUCUGUCUCUUAUGUGUCAGUUGUCCUUGAAUGUCUUCCAUAUUAGUUCUUAGGCCAUGGCUUCAGAUCACCUUCAGUGGUGGCUAGGCAACGGUUGGAAUGCGAUUGUGGGAAAACAACUCCUGACUUUCUAAAACGUCAUCAGAUCUCAGGAUUGUGCUUCGCCAAGAAAAGCAGCUUUGAUGGACACAGGUGGCUCUCCAAUAAGCGCUUCAGUAAGUCCUUGAACCUAGUGACAAAUGGAGGCGCAUAUGGAGGAUAUGCGCCUUCGGCACGACUCUCUGGGGGUAAAAUUGUGAUGAGGAGCUAAACUUGGAAGUCCGAGGAAUUUUACCAGCCCAAUUUAGUGACUGUUUACAUCAGUACAGCAGUCGCCAGAAAAAAAAAUCACAAUCCCCCAAUAAAAUGCAGAGUUGUCAUUAGGGUAAUAUGAACUUGUUAAAUUUAGUAACUAUCUAGUUACCAACACUGUUUUGCAGGCAUAUGGAAGGCAACCUUGAGGACUGGCGUGUUAUGGCACAAAAUACUGCGCAUCCCUUCAAUGAAAGCAAAACAGACUGUUUGAAACAUUGUGUAGUAGUUCUUCAAGUAGAUCUCCUAUGAAAAUGACUGUUCUUCGUUCCCUGAUCCCGUAUUCUUGUUCAUUUGUUACACUGUAACAUCACCUUGUGUGUCCGAUUUUGAAUGCCUUCUGCCCUUUAUUAGGUACUUGUUAAUUCUGCCAUGACCAUUGCUGCUUCACUUUUUCCGCACUUCUCCUUUUCGUGUGCUGUUGUCAAAAUGUGUUGUGGUACCCCGAGUAUCUUUAGAAUGCUUUGUUUAUGGCACAGGUUCUUGUGGGUUUCUUGUCUUGCGUUUUAAGUGCCUUGUGUUGAACUGUGAAAGCCACAACUUUUUUUUUUUUCUUAGCUAACAAGUAGACCCAAGCAACAACCUGAGAAGCCAUUGGUCAGCAUUGUAUCUAGCAGCAUACUGUGCCUUUAGCUGCAAGUUUUGUACCCCUAGACUGUAGUUUUCAGUGAGGAGUCUUCGUUUUUACGCUUGACUAACUUCUGAUGCAGGUUACACAAACUGACUGUGAGUUAAGUUCUGCCUUAUUUAUUGACCCUGUUUGUAUGGGCUGUAGUCAGUGACUCUGCAAUCCACUAACUGCCGCUCAAAAUGUGAGAGAAAAAAAAAAGAGAGAAGCUGUGAAAGUUAUGUUUUCAUUAAUUACAGUCUUGAAUAGAAAAGUGAUUGCAUAUUACGAGUAGUAUACAUGAUAUGAUGGUACCAGCUGUGCAACUUACGUCUGAAAAGAGCAAAAAAAAAAAAUGAAGAAAAAAAAAGAAAACACGGACCAUCUAUCACAUACUAUGAGUACCUUGGUACCAUGUCCAAAAAGCAACAUUGCAGAUAAGCACACCUUGAUAACGGCAUUCCAGAGUAGCUGUGGCUUGCACAGACAAGCUGGGCUCACUUUGGGCAGUUUGUGCAAAACAUUCUCUGGCACAACUUAUUGAGGGAAACUUCACCAUACUGCUGAAUGUAGCAGUACGCUACAGAAGGGCACACUACAGUUUUCUUGAAAAGCUAAGUCUGCAGUCGAAGAACUUGUUUUGGUUUGGGUAUCGAACCCAGGAUCUCUGCCUUUCCAAAGCAGUUGCCCUAACAUCUUGGCUAGCCAGAAGGCUAGUGUGCAGAAGGAAGUCCAAAACUUAUUGGCAACUCGGGAAGUGCUGGAAGCUUAAGACAGAUUAGUCAUUCAAGUAAGUUCAACAUAAGUCUGCCAAGUUUCCCGUCCCCCGCCCAAAAUGAAUUUUUGAUCAACUUCAGUGUUAGCUUUUUUGAUUACCUUGAAUUGGGGUUAUUUCUAACAAGGAAUACUGGCACAGUUCGGUAGACUGCAGUUUUAACUCUCAUGAAACUUUCUUACCUUUAGGAUUUCCAUAGAACCCAUUUGAAUAAUUCAUUUGAUUAAGACUCAUCCUUGGCACAUAAGGGAUCAAUGCAGUCCUUAAGGCAUGCUUAAUGAACAGUGCUGCUUUGCUAGCCCCACUGCAACAGCUACGACGACCCUGUGUCCUCGUAAUUUCCCCAAAGCUAUCGGUGCUCGAUUCUUCAGCAGCCGUUAUGCCUUUUAUUGUCUCAGUCUUGUUUUGAAACCGUUGCACGCGAGUCUCUCGGCACAACUCUUGAAUGGACGGAACGACAAUGCCUUUCGCGGAGCUGCCGCUGUUGCCUACCUCACAAUGAGCUAUGCCAAAGACGGACUGGAGCUUCCAUGUGACGACGAUGCCUUCUCAAGUUUUGAGCAUCACACAUAUAUUUUCUUUUUCAAGGAUCUCGCGCUCCUCCUGAAAAGCAUUGAGUGUUCCGUUCUCCUUAGGAGCCCUGUUGAGGUGGUCAGAUUGGCUCGGUUUUCGGCUGGUCAACUUGAGCGACCUGUUGAAAUUAAUGCGAUGUCUCGAGCCCGACUCUUGUAGAUACAUAUCGUGUGUCUCUUCGCAUUUCAAAGCACUGCUUUGAUUUAUAAACCAAUCUCGUUUGUGUGUUUCUUGUUUCCUUACACUGCUGUUAGAGUGAUGCAACACGCAUGAAUGGUGUUUUUCUAGUUCUGUAGCUUGGUCAGGGGAAAAAAAGUACACGGAAAACAGAUUUGUUCGAAGGAAACCAUUCUGCUUUUUCGGAGCAUGCAUUGUAACUGCGCAAUUACUGUUAGUAGGCAAGGUAGUGUGGCGAGGUCAGCGUGCCAGCAGUGACAAUGAAACUGAACUGUUGAUUAGUGUGCCGGGCAUCAUUUAAUGAUCUAUUUUCGUGCAGUUAAGCAUACUCUCAGACUAAUUAAGACAAGUCAAGGCAGUCUAAUACAGACCCGGGUGACUAUAAUGAAAAAGAACUUCAGUGUACUAUCAUGCUGCGACAAGGUGCACACCUCGUCUAACCCUUCUCGAAAAUUUAAAUUUAGAUGUGUUUCCUAUCUUAGUGGCGUUAUCGCGCCUACUGAAUCUUUUCGUUAUCCCUCGUGCAUCAUCAGGUUCACUAAAGACCAUGCAGCACUGCCGCGUUUAUUGGUAAAUCACUUUGUAUUAGCAUUUAGCGAGUGAAGUGAAUGCAUACAAAUACAGACACAGGUGUUUCGGCGAACACUCUCAAAAUUGUUUAAGGGUUGCCUGUGGCAGAUAAGUCAAUUCUAGUUUAUGAGCCGGUCUACUCGAAGUGGCAGACAGCACUUGCAUAAGAAAUAGAAAUGCUAAAUUGACUCAUUAACAAGAAUCCACUAAUUAACGUUUAGCUAAUUAUCUUAUGACCCAUAUUGCAAUUCACAAAUUCUAGCAGUGGACUUCGCUAGGCGAAUCCUCUUAGAACGAAUUCUCGGGACAACACCGGUUUCGAGAUAUAAAUUCCCGAACAUUGCAGAGAAAUGCAUUGGCGUUCCAGUUACUUGUGUGCUUCAGUGCAUAAAGUGACGUUUUGUUAACAAAUUAACUGGAAUGCCAAUGCAUUUCUCCGCAAAGUUUGGGAAUUGAUAUCUCAAAACUGGUGUCAUCUUGAAAAUUCAUUCCAAGUGGAUCCGCCUUGCGAACUCCAUGGCUACAAUUUGUGAAUUGCAAUAUUGGCCAUAAGGUAAUUAGUUAAUAACUUAAUUAAUGGAUUGUUAUUAAUUAGUCGAUUUAGCAUCUCAAUUUUUUUUGCAAGUACUGUCCGCCGCUUUGAGUAGACCAGCUCAUAAACUAGAAUUGUGAUAUCUGCUACAGGCAACUUUUAAAGAUUUUUGAAAGUGUUCGCUGAUACAGCCUGUAUACAGAGAACAAUACGCACAUGGACUCAAAUCAGGCACUUGGACAACUCGAGUCACGUUCACGAAAGAGCCCACAGAUGUGGAAAGCAUACAACCCCCUGCCGAAGUGUCUGAUAUGCUUUCGCGUGUUCUUCGUACAUAUGCUUGCAUUUGCCUCGGUAUACAUGUAGUUGAGACUCCAUUCGUGUGUCCUUUCUGCGUGGUUUACCUUGGUCGAAUUUUUUUUUUUUCAUUCACACAAGGCACACACAAGCUUGCCUAGUAUUUCAAGUUGUCUCAUUUCAGCAUCGCAAAACACAACAGGGAAAAUGAUGCUAUGGGGUUCUAGUAGCACGGAUUCAACAAAAGGCUGCAUAGAUGAUUCUGAGGAGAGCUGCAGUCUAGCACGCCAUGGCUUUGUCUCUCUUGCCAAAGAUUGCACAUGUAAAUGGCUCUGCUGUUCUUAUGAAGCCUUUGGCUCCUAUCUGCAAGAGGUUUCGCUUCUUGCCACUGGUUUGGUGCUGGCCUUUUGAUUUGUUUGGCUUGUGUUACGAGAUGCCAGAGACAGGAGUUGCAAGGCAGUCCAUCCUGCUUUGUAGUGUCUUAUUUGGCAUUCUGUCAUGAAAAUCGUUGAUUCACGUGAUGUCCCCGCUGUUGUUGUCACAAUUUGUUGCUGUUUGUGUGAGUGAGGUUUCCAUUUAAGUUUGUUUACGUGAGUGAAACAUUUCCUUAUGUAUAGAUCUUUGAAAUAAGUGUCAGUGUCAUUCCGUGAUCAUAGCAAAAAGUGAGGCGGGCCUCCAACAAUGUCAGUCAAUAAUCUACCUCUAUCGGGCAAGGAAAAAGGCGAACCAAAAGGACUGUUGUGGUUGUGAAACAUGCAAGCAUCAUUGAAGCUUUUCUCUGCUUUACUGUACAGCUAUAGUGUGGUGGAAGUGGCGUUGACCUGAAUAUCAUGAGCUGAUCUCUGUAUGUUCUGGCAUAACAGCAGACAAGCACUUCAGCCAUAGGUGGACAAAACGGACAUAAAAGUUGAGUUUAUUCCUUUGAGAAUGCUAGUUGUAGCUGACUGGAAGGAAUAAUUCUGCUCGGAGCACUCGGGUUUUGCAUUUGCAAGCUCCGUCCUGAUGGUCAGCACGUGAGCUUAUGCCCUCUUAAGACUUGCAGUGGUAACUGGUUCACAAAGUUCAGUUAAAAGGUUUGCUGGAUAAUUUAAAUCCGCUGUAGAUCAUCCAGUAACGAAAAAUGUCUGUUCAUAACCACAAUUCCUCCCCCAAGUUUUAUUAUAUUGUAUUGGCACAUUGUCGUUGCACAUAAGACACUAAUAUUUUUUUUUUUUCUGUAGGUGCAAUUCAAUUCUACAAGGCUCAUGCAUUUGAGUCGUCGUAAGUGUAACAGUUCUUGAACUGCACCAAAGAAGCACGUUUGUCUUUGGCAGGGUUUUGUACCGACUCCGAAGAAACGUCCAUUAUUUUGCCUCUGUGGUGUGACAUGCUGUGAAAUUGCGCUUGAGGACAUCGGCCUCUUCUGAUUGUUAGUGCCAGUUUACAACUUUGGAAUGUGACUUCUUUUAGUCUGCUUGAGCACGUCGCAGAAGGAUUUUUCACGGUGAACUAGAUAUGUCGGUGAUUAAGAAAAUGCAACAGCACUGUAUGCUCUACAACAAUUUCCUCCGGCAAAGUUUGGCAGAUGGCAUUGCAUUGACUGUGAAGUGUAGGGUAUGCAACACUGAUUUUAGGAAGUUUCAAGAGAGCGGUCUCUGCUUGUGGUACAAUGGAACUAGGUUGACAUUUAGGUCCAAACUGCACGAAUUGUCUUGCAUACGUCUGACUAAAUGUCUGCUUCACCAUAUGCAUCUAUUAAUCGCAUUGUGCUUGUCAUGCGAUUCAAGCAUGUAGAACCAAAAGAAUCUGUGCUGGGCGUGUUGGUAAUUCAUAGUUGGAACUACAGAGCAAAAACUACAACAAACUUGAAGAAAGACAUGAAGGACAGCGCUGAAAUUAUGGCAGAAAGCUGGGCCAGUUGGAAUUUUUAUAUUGCAUGCAUAAUUUUUUUAAUUAUAGGGUCUUG